AUGGGGCCGCGGCGCCGGGACACCUUCCGCGCCUCCCGCCCUGCCCCGCGCGGCUUCGCCCUGGACCUGGCCCGGCUCCGGCAGCGCUUCCUGGCCCUGCAGCGCUCGCUGCACCCGGACCGCUUCAGCCGCCGACCGCAGGCCGAGCGCGGCUUCUCGGAGCAGCACGCCGCCCUGAUCAACCUGGCUUAUUGCACCCUCCGCCGCCCGCUCAGCCGCGGCCUUUACCUGCUGGAGCUGCACGGAGUCGAGUUGGCGGCGGGCAGCGAUGCGGAGGCCGAGCCCGGCUUCCUCGCCGAGGUCUUGGAGCUGAACGAGCAGUUGGCGGCCGCGGACUCGGAAGCGAGCCUGGCUGCGCUGGAGCGCCUCCUGGCAGCCAAGCAAGAGGCUCUGUUGCAGGAGGUGAGCGGGGCUUUCGAGCAAGGUGACCUUCCCAAGGCCAAAAGACUCUUGAGCAAAAUGAAAUACUUUGCGAACCUUGAGGAGAAGGUGAAGGAAAAGAAAGCCCCUUCGUGAUCGGGCAACCCAGGAUGCCCUUUGGCUUGUCCCUUUUCGGAGAUUGAGGGGAGGGGGCAGGUAGCAGCCUUCUCCUGUCUCUGCUUGUGCGCCAGAAAGAGAAGCUGCCUGUGACGGAGCCCACAAAUCAAAAUAAAGGCGCUCUGGGU